AAGGCCUAAAUUAACCUUAAAUUUUUUACUGCAGUCAGCUUCAAGGUUAGAUUUGUAUUUGCAAACAAACAAAACACAUUCCUUUAUCGAAUAGGCUUCAAAUAGUACCUUUAAAUAACCAUGUCUGAUGACGAAGUAAGCUACGCGAAAAAAAUCAAAACAAUCCACUACGGAUCGCUGGAAGAUGCCGAAAGAGCCCGCUUGGAAAAUACCCACGAUGAUGGUAAAAGUGAUACCUCUGAUUCGGACUCAGGAGUGCCUCCGCCCCAGCAUGAAGGUAACAAUGAGUAUAUGGAACUUGAGGAAGCAAUGUCCAGAGACAAACAAGCACUGCUUGAGGAAUUUGAGAGACGCAAGAAGGCGCGUUCUAUUAAUGUGUCCACUGAUGAUGGCGAAGUGAAACGUAAUCUCCGACAAUUGGGAGAACCCAUUUGCCUGUUUGGAGAAGGCCCGGCGGAGCGGCGUAGUCGUUUGAGGGACAUUCUGAGUAGAUUAGGCGAGGAUUCUGUUAUAAGGAGAGAAGCCGAGGAAGAAAGAAAGCUGUAUGAGAAAGACCAAGAGCAGACCUGGUACCAUGAAGGUCCGGAGUCGUUGAGAAUCGCUAGACUAUGGCUAGCUGACUAUUCGUUACCCAGAGCCAAGGCCAGACUUGCAGAAGCAAGGAGUUUAAUGGAAUUGCCAGCCACCACUAAGACAGCCAAGUUCCAAGAAUUGCAAAAGAAACUCCAGCAAAUGGCAAUUCACUCCUCCCAAAUUGGAGACAAUCGCCCUAUUUCUUAUUGUACAUUUUCUCCCAACUCAAAACUGUUGGCUACUGCAUCUUGGAGUGGUUUGUGCAAGGUUUGGUCAGUACCCGACUGUGAGCUGAAGCAGACUCUCAAAGGUCAUGCGUGUAAUGUAGGGGCUAUAGUAUUCCACCCUAAAGCCACAAUAUCACAGCCGGAAAACGUUUGCAAUAUGGCGUCGUGUGCUGCAGAUGGCUCAGUGAAACUAUGGGACCUUAAAGGAGAAGAACCGAUUGCUGAUAUAGAAGGCCAUAUUCCUCAUAGGGUAUCGAGAAUAAGUUUUCAUCCUUCCGGGCGGUUUUUAGGCACUUGUUGCUUCGAUAACUCUUGGAGGCUUUGGGAUCUGGAACAAUGCACCGAAGUGUUACAUCAAGAAGGACAUGUGAAGCCAGUUUACUGCAUGUCUUUCCAAACUGACGGAUCAGUUUGUGCGUCUGGCGGACUUGAUUCAUUUGGACGAGUAUGGGACUUACGCACAGGAAGAUGCAUCAUGUUUAUGGAAGGGCAUCUGAAGGCAAUAUAUGGUAUUGACUUUUCGUCAAACGGUUACAACAUCGCCACAGCAAGUGAAGACAACAGUUGCAAAAUAUGGGAUCUAAGGAAGCGCGCAUCUCUCUACACGAUUCCAGCCCACAAUAAUUUGAUUUCGGAUGUGAAGUAUCAGAAAGAAGACGGCAAUUUCUUGGUGACCGCAUCGUAUGACGGUAAAGUGAAAAUUUGGACCAACAAAACGUGGCAGCCGUUAAAGACACUUUCAGGACACGAUGGUAAAAUUAUGUCCUGUGAUAUUUCCGCUGAUAAUAAUUACAUAGCAACUAGUUCAUAUGAUAGAACGUUCAAACUGUGGGGGCCGGAAUAAAAGAGACUUGAUAUAAAUUCCAA